CCACUGCGCUCAUAAGCAGUGAAGCUACAUUAAGCAGUGCAGCACUACAUGCGAUGUCAAAUAUCAAACCAAGGACAUACAUUUAUAUAUGUUCUACUUAAAACACAGACUUCCACAAAAGCAGCUUUUAUGAAAACAAACAUUAUAAGAAAAAGAAAACCAACAAGAACAAAACUAUUUUUACGCAGUAAAUCUAUUCGCAGCAAUACCUGGUAGUUAUACAGCACCUUCCCCUGUACAGCUAAUUUCUAAACCGUGCCCGAAUUUACUACAAGGACUUCUUGAGAAUACAGACUGUCCGUGCUGUGUUAGCUGGGUUACGCGCUGAGAAUAUCGAGAUUUACGAAAGCUGGUUGCAGUUUAAAAUGAGUUGCGGUUUGGGUUGGAUGCAAAGAUGGGACAGAAGGAAUCGACUGAACUAUAGCGACAUGUCCGAGAUGCAGAGGAUGCCGAAGGUUAUAAACAAGAUUUAAAACAGGAUUUGUAAUCCUUCACGUUUUCAUCUGGGAGCCCUGAGAACACUGUGGACACCAUGGAUGUCUUUACAGUUCCUGCUUGGGAUGUCAGCUUAAGAGAAAUCAACCAAUCUACUGUUGAGAACUUAACACACAAUGAAACAACGCAAGGCCUGCCCGUACAGGGUAUAAGCGCUAUCAUCAUCCCUAUAAUUUAUUCCAUAGUGUUUGUGAUCGGACUUGGCGGAAACACUUUGGCCAUCUAUGUGGUCCUUCGGUAUACCAAAAUGAAAACGGUUACUAACAUUUACAUUCUAAACUUAGCAGUGGCCGAUGAGCUUUUUAUGCUGGGAUUACCUUUCCUUGCCACACACAAUGCCCUAUCCUAUUGGCCUUUUGGAUCCUUCCUCUGUAGACUUGUCAUGACUGUGGAUAGCAUCAACCAGUUUACCAGUAUCUUCUGCUUGACUGUGAUGAGCAUUGACCGUUAUCUGGCUGUGGUACAUCCCAUCAAGUCCACCAAGUGGCGUCGGCCCAGAAUAGCCAAGAUGAUCAACGCAACUGUCUGGAUACUGUCCUUCAUAGUUGUGCUACCAGUGAUCAUAUUUGCUGACGUCCAAGAAAGUAUACAGACUUGCAACAUCAGCUGGCCGGAACCAACAUCAGUUUGGUCCACUGCUUUUAUAAUUUACACAUCAGUUAUAGGGUUUUUCAUACCUUUGCUGGUGAUUUCCCUGUGCUACAUUCUGAUUGUGGUCAAACUCAAAUCAUCUGGUUUAAGAGUUGGGUCGACAAAGCGAAGAAAGUCUGAAAGAAAAGUCACCAAAAUGGUGAUCAUUAUCGUGGUGGUGUUCGUAUGUUGCUGGCUACCUUUCUACAUCCUGAAUAUUAUUAACCUGAUUAUCAUCUUGCCAGAAGAACCACUCCAGAUCGGAGUGUAUUCCUUCGUGGUGGUCGUUUCUUAUGCCAAUAGCUGCGCCAACCCCAUCCUAUAUGGUUUUCUGUCUGACAAUUUCAAACAAAGCUUUCGAAAAGUGCUGUGCUUUCGCAAAGGGAAUGGUAUUGAAGACGGUGAGACCAACACACAAAGGACAGAUAGAGUAGCCUUUCAGGAAUUGAUUUUAACCACAAAAAACAACGACUUCAAUGGCCACAUGCAGACAAGUCAGAUAUGAAGGAAGUUCUAGAUUCUUUAUGACACUAACAAUACUUAAAAAAACAGGACUUUUAGAAAGGUGUAUAGAUCAUAGAAUGAUUCAUGUGGAAUUAAGUUGACAGACCAAAUUCUAAACUAAGUCAUCUUAAUUUAAUGAUUCAGUUCAAUGACUGAAUGGCUACAUCUUACAAAAUAGCUGUGAGAAGAGCUGAGUUUUGUGACCUUUUACUCUCAUCAAGUCCUGAUUGCCUAAGAAGAAUAUUCCAGUGCCAAACUAGUUAUCUGAUUCACAUCUUACACCAGCCACAAUAGCAGAUUUGACAGCUCAUAUGGAAUAGUCUAGUUUCAUUACAAACAGUAUAUGUUUUAUUGAUACUUUUUUCAAAGAGGUUAGUGGUGGCUGCUUUUGCCCAACUCAAAUCUAUUACUUACUAAAUAGCUUUGUAUCCCCGAAUAGACUGUUGUCCCAUCUUCAAAUACAUGCAAUAAUUUUAAAAUGCAGUAGUACCCCAAAUGUUAGUAGUACCCUAGUCCUUCAUUUUACCUUGGUGACUAGCAAGAUUGAAUGUCAUAUUAAGAUUAUAACCCAGGUGCUGUGCUCAGCAGCCACUGCCUGUCAUAGUGACUAAAAUGUUGUAUUCCUCCUGACACAAUAAUAUGAUUGAUAAAACAUAAAUUGCUACUCAGAUCUAUGGUCUCUUUGAAUUCUUACACAAGAAGGUUUGUAAAUAGCAGAAACUCCUCAUAUUGCUCUACCCUGUGUCUGUGACAGUGAAUGCAUUUCCAAAAAAAAAAAAAAAAAAAAAAAAAAUGUGUUUAAAUGCAUGUAACAAUUUCAUACGUCCAGUCCUUUUUGCAAGGAAUGAACAGCUAUGGUUUUGUGGCACACCAGCAUGGAGUUAUUUUCUGCUUUGCUUUAACUAUU